UUUUGAUCCUUUGUACGGUUAUUUGUGAACAUAAACAAGCGCAAUCGAAAUAGUUUGUUUCAAUAAUUAUCUUAAUAAUCACAAAGUUAUGCGUUUUAAAAAUCUAUUGCUACAGCGUGGAUCCUAUGAGAGGGGAGAUGUGGCACUCUAUUCGCAGUAUUAAUGGAGAAGGAUAAACAAUUCGAAAUACGAAUCUUGAGGCAUAUUUUCAUAUGAGAUGGCAUGAUUCUAAUCACUUGAAAUCUGCAAUACCUACAAAAUGGCCAAACAGAUAUCCUUUUAUUCUACUUUGACGUCAGAAGAAAAGAGUAGAAUGCAACCAUGUAUGAGAGCUAGGUGUGUCAUCAUGUCCAGUGAUUCACCUCCACCACUCCAGACUUCUGUAGCUUUGGUAGACUAUGAUAUACCAGACGAAGCUCGUUCUGGUAAAAUCACACCAACCACACCUACUAUUCCGGUAAUGAAUAAAUUAUUGAAUUCUGAUGCCGAAACGAUUGAGAAUGCAGUACCAAUCGCGCAGGCAGUACUGCCGGUUCCCGAGCCACAACCGAAAAUUGAAAGGAAUGGAUUCGACUCGGAGGCAACCAAACCAAUCGCCCAGUCUGAAAAUGAUUCUUGCGUUGUAGAUUGUAUAUAUUUUACGCAGCAGUGCUGCGAGUGUGUAAUACUUUAACAGCCAGAAUUCUUCGCGUAUCGAAUAAUCAUUUAUAUUCGUUGCAUGCGAUUUAAUAUAUAUGCGUGUGAAGAGAAUUUGAAUGAUAUAUAUUUCCAUUGAAUUAUAUGGGAUACAAAUUCAAAUGGAAUUUUAAUAAUCGAGUUUUGCUCGAUCAAUUUUUUAAACGAAUAUUAAAUCUUCGUAUUUAAAAAAAAUCUUAUUCUUAUCUCUGAUUUCUAUUUAUUAAAUGAAAAUGG